GAAGGGGCAGCGAGUUAGGCUGCGUGCUACAUAAGGCGCUGCUGCGUGAGCCAUUGACGUGUUUGGAGCUGGAGACGGCCUGGAUGCUGGGGUAGCCGCGGUGAGAGGCCUCGGUUAGUGGCUGGAGCCGUCGGUCCUCCGGGGCCCCCCGAACACUGGCAGCGGUCAGGCUGGUUGAUGGGUACAAACGGACUCUCUGCUAUGCCGACCCCUUCCCGAACCAAAGCAAAUCAGGUGCCGAGAGGAGAGCAGCUGUUAGGGGAGUAAUACCAAGGAAUAAUAACUUGAGAACUGCCUGGUGUCCAAGGAACAGACACCAUCCAGAACCACUGUAGAAAGCUUCUUUUCACCUUCAGAAAGUGGACCAGCUGCAGUAGGAAGAUUAGGAUGCCUCUUGUUACGAAGAGACUUAGAGACCCUGAUGUAAAUCCUUGUUUGUCGGAAUCAGAUGCUUCUACCAGAUGUAUGGAUGAAAAUAAUUAUGACAGGGAAAUGUGUACCACUUGCUUCUUGAAGUACAAAAACUGCAGGAAAUUUUGGAAUGCCAUUAUGAUGGAAAGACGACGAAAUGGAGUUAAACCACCUAUGCCCACAGCUGCAGAAAGAGAAAAAAUCUUGGGAGCAAUGGGAAAGAUGCCCUAUUAAAGGCUUAUAUGCAAUAA